CUGCUGCCCCUUCUGGCAGCAGGAAGCAGUGCAGGAGGGAGGAUCCAGGAAGUGGCAGGCAUAGCUCAGAGCUCAUGCUGAGAUCCAAGGAAUAUGAAAACUCUACUGUGUAUCAUAAUGUUUGCUACCCUCUUGUGUACUGACUGUGCCCAAGACACUGAAGAGAUUCCUCUGAGCACAGCCAGCCCUUCAGGGCCUAACCUACUUCAGUGUCAUGUAUGCCGUGGUACCUUCCAGUGCCAAUCACCAAAGUAUUGUGCACCUGAAGAAAAUUUCUGCUUGAUUGUUGAAAUUGCUGAAAAUUACCGCCGCAGAGUGCUCAAGUAUUGUUCAGUCAACUGCCCUCAUAUGGAGGAUUUCCAUGGACGAGAAGCCAGCCCGUUGUACCUUGCCUGCUGUGCCUAUAAUUUAUGUAAUUUUAGAAAACUGAUUGAGGGGUCUGGGUCCAGGGUUUGUACCAGUGUCCUGGUGGUGGCAAUGGCAUUCGUGGCCAGUUUCCUUGGGGCUCUAAAGAUCGGACUGUGAUGUACUGGGAUAAUACUGUGACCUCUGAGACCUUGUCCAUGCUGUUUUCCUUACAGUAAGAAAUACCUCCCCUGAUGCCCAACACAGUGACCUUCCCAAAGCAACUUCUCAAUAAAUGCAUUGAAUACAAUUGA